AUGGCGGGCUCCCAGCUCAAGCGCCUCAAGGCGACAUUGAAGGAGCAAGGAAUUGUUGGGCCCCAGCAGUCGAAGAAGCAGAAGCGCAAGGCAGCCCAAGAUGAUCGCGCCCGAAGCGAGAAGCGACUACAGAGGGGUGUAGUCCUCGAAGGCAUCCGCGAACAGUUCAACCCUUUCGAUCUCAAGCAUGCCAAGAAUCCCAAAUUCGAGGUCACUACAAACCGCCCGGUCACUGCCGCCUCCAGGAUCAAAGGCCGUCCCGGCGCCGCCAAGGCUGCGAGCGAAGAAAGGCGGCGGCAGACUCUUCUUGUCGACAUGCAGCGACGUCACAAAGUUGGAGGCAUUCUGGAUCGACGCUUCGGCGAGAAUGACCCGACCAUGGCCCCUGAGGAGAAAAUGCUGGAGCGAUUUGCACGGGAAAAGCUCAAAACCCACAAAAAGAAUUCCAUGUUCGAUCUCGAGGAUGACGACGAUGACGCUUUUCCCGGAGAGGGUCUGACCCACGGCGGAAAAGCGCUGACGUUUGAUGAAAUGGAGGCAAUGGACGACUACGAGGAGGAUGACAUUGAUGACGGCGCCAGUGAUAUCUCUGAGCGCGAGAUGCAGCGUCUCAAGCGAGUAAGAGCCAUGGCCGCAGAGGGUGACAUGGAUCAAGACGACCAACCCGAGCGGAAGAAGUCGAAGAAGGAGGUUAUGGAGGAAGUCAUUGCCAAGUCCAAACUGCAUAGGUACGAGAGGCAAGCCGCAAAGGAGGUGGAUGAGGAUCUACGAGUCGAACUUGACAAAGAGUUACACGGCAUCCAGCACCUUUUGACUCAGAGCUCAAAGCGCCAGACCGAAGAAAAGCCCCAGCCUUCUGCUAUCGCAGGUGUGGAGAGAAGUGUAUUUGACAAAGACUUCGACCUCCAGGUGAAGAAGCUUGCCCAAGACAAGAGGGCGAAACCCUCUGAUCGUACUAAGACCGAGGAGGAAAAGGCAGAGGACGAGUCCAACCGGCUGAAGGAACUCGAGGAGAAGCGACAGAAACGAAUGAGGGGCGAACCUGUCUCUGACAGCGAUGAUCAGGGUGAGGACGAGGACGAAGAAAUGGGCUCUGACGGCUCGCAGGCUGGUGACGAUUCAGAAGACGACUUUGGCCUUGGUAGCGGCAUCAACGCAAAGCCAACCGCUGCAGAGCUUGGCUUUGACGAUGAGGAUGAUUUCCUCAUCGAUGACGAUCUGGUCGCCAGUGGUUCUGAUAUCGACUCCGACGAAGAACUUGACCUAGGCUCGGAUAUGGGUGCCGAAGAAGACGAGAGCGAGGAAGAGGAAGAAGAGGACGAAUUUACAAAAGGUCUAUUGAACGAGGAAGAAACAAGAAACCCUGUCUUCAGCAUAGACUCUACAACAAAGUCAGCCGAUGUUGAGAAGGGAGAUGAGAACGGCUUGCCUUAUACCUUCCCUUGCCCACAAUCCCUCGAAGAAUUUCAAUCUGCCACAGCCUCAUAUCCUCGCAACAGCCUACCUACAAUUGUCCAACGGAUCAGAGCUCUAUAUCACCCCAAGCUGGACAGCAAAAACAAGGAGCGUCUUGGGAAGUUUUCCGCCACUCUAGUUGCCUUCAUCUCAUCGCCUUGGGAGCCGGAGACCUCCCCCCCUUUUCGCUUCCCUCUUGAAAUUGCUCAGGAAUUCCGAGCACAGAUCGAAGAGAUCAGCAAUGAACGCCCACUGGCGAUCCAGCCCGGGGAUCUCAUCCUUCUGACUGCUGUGGGAACCAUCUUUCCCACAUCCGACCACUUCCACCAAGUCGUUACUCCCGCCAUGCUGGUCAUUGCCAGGUAUCUGGGGCAAAAAGUUCCCCAGGACCUCGCUGAUCAUGCUAUCGGGUCCUACCUCUCUAUUUUGACCCUCCAGUACCAGAAACUCGCGAAGAGAUAUGUACCAGAAGUGUUAAACUUUGCAUUGAACACGCUCUGUGCCCUUGCCCCAAUUUCCCCAUCAGCUGGCGUAGGCUCUUUCCCUCGACAUGAUUCUCCUGCAAGUCUCCGCGCAAAAGGUGCCAGCCAGGUAUCAGUCCGGAAGCUGGGCUUCUCAGACUGUUUACACUCAGACAGCUCCCCCGCAGAAGUCAAGGUUGCUAUCCUAAAUACUGUCUCCCAGAUUUCCGAUGCUGCGGCCGACACAUGGUCCAGCAGAGGCGCGUUCAUCGAAACCUUUGGGCAGGUCCUUGAGGUCAUCAAGCAUCUGAACGCCAAGGCCUGCCGCUCCCACCUCCCCACAGAGCUGCGCGAUCGGACCGAAAAGCUCCAAGUGAAGCUAGAGCGCAUGAUGAAGAUCUCAGGGAUCUCCCGACGGCCCCUCGAGCUCCACCACCACAAGCCAUUGGCCAUCAAGACAUACGUGCCCAAGUUCGAGGAGACGUUCGACCCGGACAAGCACUACGACCCGGACCGCGAGAGAGCAGAGCUGGCGAAGCUCAAGGCGGAACACAAGAGGGAGCGCAAGGGGGCGAUGCGGGAGCUUCGCAAGGAUGCCAACUUCAUGGCCCGGGAGAACCUGCGGAUCAAGAAGGCAAAGGACGAGGCCUACGAGAAGAAGUACAAGAGGCUCGUGGCGGAGAUUCAGAGCGAGGAGGGACGCGAGGCCAAUGCGUACGAGAGGGAAAAGGCAGCAAGGAAGCGCUCGAGAAACAGGUAG